AUGUAUUUACUAAUAAUAACAACUAUUGCUAUAAUUAAUGUGCCAAAUGCUCAGUGCCUGUUAUUAGAUAUAUUAGAUGGAAGGGUAGUUGGAGGCGAAAAAGCCAGAAUUGCUGAAUUUCCACAUCAAAUUUCUUUACGUUAUAAUAAAAAGCAUACUUGUGGAGGAUCUAUUAUCGACGCUUAUUAUAUUUUAACAGCAGCGCAUUGUGUUUAUGGAAGAAACAGGCCUAAAAAAUUUACUGUUGUGGCCGGAUCAAGUUUUCUAUAUAAAGGAGGUAAUCAUCAUGAAGUAGAAUCUAUCGUUUAUCCUAAAAGAUACACUCCCAGAUCGCUAAACCACGAUGUUGCUGUUAUUAAGUUGAAAAAAGCGAUCGUUUUUGGAAAAUACCAGCAACCGAUAGCUUUGACCAUGAGAGAUACGCCUAAAGGUUUGAUGGCAAAAUUCUCUGGAUGGGGGCUCAUGUCGUAUCCGAAUAAUACCUUGCCGGAUAAUUUGCAAAAAGUGGACGUCUUCACAUACAGUAACUCUGUAUGUCAAAAACUCCACAAUCGGAACCGGAACUCGUUCCAGCAGCCGAGCACCAUUUAUCCGGGUAUGCUUUGCGCAUUCAACAUGCACAGCGUGGGCGCCUGCAAGGGCGAUUCGGGUGGUCCUUUAAUAUUAGAUACAAGAAGAGGGCCAGUGCAAAUUGGUGUUGUUUCCUGGGUAUGGAGAUAUUGCGCGUUGGGCGUUCCUGAUGUUUAUGCCCGAGUUUAUUAUUACUUGAAUUGGAUAAAUAAACAAACAAAUUAUACUAUUUUUGAUCGUGAAGAAGAAUAUGAUUUGAACUAUUAA